CGUGAGUGAAAGAGAUGUGGUCUAGCUAGAGAUGUUGCCGGCAUCCUUCACCAGACAGACACACUCCUCCCUCCACCUCCUGCCGCCAUUUAACUGCAAGAGAGAUGGUGGAGGAAAGCCUGCCUUUCAAUAUAUGUUACGUUUAAAACGGGAACGAAAAUCUUACAAAGGAAGCUAAAUGGAGUCUGAACAACUGUUCCAUAGAGGUUACUAUAGAAAUAGUUACAACAGCAUAACUAGUGCUAGUAGUGAUGAAGAAUUGCUAGAUGGAGCUGGUGUUAUCAUGGAUUUCCAGACCUCUGAGGAUGACAAUUUAUUAGAUGGUGACAUAUGUAUUGCUGCAGGAACUCAUUAUACAAUGACAAAUGGAGGCAGUAUUAACAGUACAACACAUUUACUGGAUCUUCUUGAAGAGCCCAUUCCUGGAGUUGGAACCUAUGAUGAUUUCCACACAAUUGAUUGGGUGCGAGAAAAAUGCAAAGACAGAGAGAGACACAGAAGGAUUAAUAGCAAGAAAAAAGAAUCAGCAUGGGAAAUGACAGAGAGUUUGUAUGAUGCAUGGUCAGGAUGGCUGGUUGUGACACUAACUGGAUUGGCAUCAGGUGCUUUGGCUGGAUUGAUAGAUAUUGCUGCAGAUUGGAUGACUGAUUUAAAGGAAGGCAUUUGUCUCAGUGCUCUGUGGUUCAAUCAUGAACAAUGUUGCUGGGCGUCCAAUGAAACAACAUUUGAAGAGAGAGAUAAAUGUCCAUUAUGGAAAACAUGGGCAGAAUUAAUAAUUGGUCAAGCAGAGGGACCAGGUUCCUAUAUAAUGAACUACAUAAUGUACAUUUUCUGGGCUUUGAGCUUUGCUUUCUUAGCAGUUUCUUUGGUGAAGGUGUUUGCACCUUAUGCUUGUGGAUCAGGGAUACCAGAGAUCAAAACAAUAUUGAGCGGCUUCAUCAUUCGAGGGUACCUGGGCAAGUGGACAUUGAUGAUUAAAACAGUCACUUUAGUCUUGGCGGUGGCCUCGGGCCUGAGCUUGGGGAAAGAAGGCCCUCUUGUACAUGUUGCCUGUUGCUGGGGAAACAUCUUUUCGUACCUCUUCCCCAAGUACAGCACAAAUGAAGCAAAGAAAAGGGAGGUAUUAUCUGCUGCUUCAGCAGCUGGAGUAUCAGUAGCGUUUGGUGCCCCAAUUGGAGGAGUUCUUUUCAGCCUAGAAGAAGUUAGUUAUUAUUUUCCAUUGAAGACUUUGUGGAGAUCGUUUUUUGCUGCUUUGGUGGCUGCAUUUGUUUUGAGAUCCAUCAAUCCAUUUGGAAACAGUCGUCUGGUUCUUUUUUAUGUUGAAUAUCACACUCCAUGGUAUCUAUUUGAACUACUGCCCUUCAUUCUUCUGGGUGUAUUUGGUGGACUGUGGGGAGCAUUUUUCAUCCGUGCCAAUAUUGCUUGGUGCCGUCGACGGAAAUCAACCAAAUUUGGAAAGUAUCCAGUUCUUGAGGUCAUUAUUGUAGCAGCGAUAACAGCUGUCAUUGCUUUUCCAAACCCUUAUACCAGAGUCAACACCAGUGAGCUAAUUAAAGAACUUUUCACAGACUGUGGGCCUUUGGAGUCAUCGUCCCUUUGUGAUUAUCGAAAUGACAUGAACGCUAGUAAAAUAGUAGAUGACAUUCCUGACCGUCCAGCAGGCACUGGAGUCUAUUCAGCAAUAUGGCAGCUGUGCUUAGCCCUUAUAUUUAAGAUUAUAAUGACAGUCUUCACUUUCGGUAUUAAGGUUCCAUCAGGCUUGUUCAUACCCAGUAUGGCCAUUGGAGCAAUAGCUGGCAGAAUUGUUGGAAUUGCUGUGGAACAAUUGGCGUAUUAUCAUCACGACUGGUUUAUCUUCAAGCAGUGGUGUGAAGUUGGAGCAGAUUGCAUAACUCCGGGCCUCUAUGCUAUGGUUGGUGCUGCUGCAUGCUUAGGUGGAGUGACGAGGAUGACUGUAUCUCUAGUGGUUAUUGUGUUUGAGUUAACAGGGGGACUAGAGUAUAUUGUACCUCUUAUGGCUGCAGUAAUGACAAGCAAAUGGGUUGGAGAUGCUUUUGGCAGAGAAGGCAUCUAUGAAGCACACAUCCGUCUGAAUGGAUAUCCUUUCUUGGAUGCUAAGGAAGAAUUUACUCAUACAACCCUGGCUGCUGAUGUCAUGAGACCUCGAAGAAAUGAUGCCCCAUUGGCAGUAUUAACACAAGAUAAUAUGACUGUGGAUGAUAUUGAAAAUUUGAUCAAUGAAACCAGCUAUAAUGGUUUUCCUGUAAUAAUGUCAAAAGAAUCCCAAAGAUUAGUAGGAUUUGCGCUAAGGAGAGAUUUGACUAUUGCAAUAGAAAGUGCCAGAAAGAAACAAGAAGGCAUUGUUGGCAGUUCCAGAGUCUGUUUUGCCCAGCAUACCUUAUCACUUUCAGCAGAAAGUCCUCGACCUUUGAAGCUCAGGAGCAUUCUUGAUAUGAGCCCUUUUACAGUUACAGAUCACACACCAAUGGAGAUUGUGGUGGACAUAUUCCGCAAACUGGGCCUAAGACAGUGUCUUGUAACACACAAUGGGAUUGUCUUGGGGAUCAUCACAAAGAAGAACAUAUUAGAGCAUCUCGAGCAACUAAAGCAACACGUCGAACCCUUGGCGCCUCCUUGGCAUUAUCACAAAAAAAGAUAUCCUUCGACACAUGGCCCAGAUGGCAAACCAAGAUCCCUCAUCAAUAAUGUUCAACUGAACUCAAUAGCUGAGGAGAGAGAAGAAAGUGAAGAGGAGGUUCAUUUGUUGAACAGUACAACACUUUAAUAUAUAAGGCAUAGUUUUGUGAUACAAAAGAAAGGCUGGAUUUUUUUGAAAAGUAAACUGCUGGAAUUUAGGAGUUGAUUUAGGAAUAUGUGGUUUUACAAAGUAAGAAA